UGGGCAUUGAAUGGGCUGGUGGCGCCCCGUUCGGACCUGCCCGCCGCCGGCUCCCGCGUCUGCCGGGGCCUCGGCCGACCGCCGCCGGCCCCCGCCCAGGCUGUGAAUGAAAGGCAGGCGGCGCCGGGGGCUGGCUGCAAGCGACAGGGCGACGCCGGCCUCCCGGGAGGCGCGCUCCCCGUGGAGAUGUACGGUGUGUGCGGCUGCUGUGGUGCCCUUCGCCCCAGGUACAAAAGGCUAGUUGACAACAUCUUCCCUGAGGAUCCUGAGGAUGGCCUGGUGAAGACCAACAUGGAGAAGCUGACCUUCUAUGCACUCUCAGCUCCAGAAAAACUAGAUCGCAUUGGUGCCUAUCUCUCAGAGAGGCUCAUCCGUGAUGUGGGUCGCCAUCGAUAUGGGUACGUGUGCAUCGCCAUGGAGGCGCUGGACCAGCUGCUUAUGGCCUGCCACUGCCAGAGCAUCAACCUUUUCGUGGAGAGCUUCCUCAAGAUGGUGGCCAAGCUGCUGGAGUCAGAGAAGCCCAACCUGCAGAUACUGGGUACCAACUCGUUCGUGAAGUUCGCCAACAUCGAGGAGGACACUCCAUCUUACCAUCGGAGCUAUGACUUCUUUGUGUCCCGUUUCAGUGAAAUGUGCCACUCCAGCCACGAUGACUUGGAAAUCAAGACUAAAAUCCGAAUGUCAGGCAUCAAAGGUCUGCAAGGGGUGGUGAGGAAGACUGUGAAUGAUGAGUUACAGGCGAACAUCUGGGACCCACAGCACAUGGACAAGAUUGUCCCAUCUCUGCUUUUCAACCUACAGCACGUGGAGGAGGCAGAGAGCCGUUCUCCCUCACCCCUCCAAGCACCAGAGAAGGAAAAGGAGAACCCAGCAGAGCUGGCUGAGAGGUGCCUGCGGGAGCUGCUGGGCCGGGCUGCCUUUGGCAAUAUCAAGAAUGCCAUCAAGCCUGUUCUCAUCCAUCUGGAUAACCAUUCUCUUUGGGAGCCCAAGGUGUUUGCCAUCCGUUGCUUUAAAAUCAUCAUGUACUCAAUUCAGCCGCAGCAUUCACACCUGGUUAUCCAGCAGCUCCUGAGCCACCUGGACGCCAACAGCCGCAGUGCGGCGACCGUGCGUGCAGGUAUCGUGGAGGUCCUGUCCGAAGCUGCGGUCAUCGCCGCCACCGGCUCUGUUGGCCCCACGGUGCUGGAGAUGUUCAACACCCUGCUGAGGCAGCUGCGGCUCAGCAUCGACUAUGCGUUGACUGGGAGCUACGAUGGCGCCAUGAGCCUCGGAACCAAGAUCAUCAAGGAGCAUGAGGAGCGCAUGUUCCAGGAGGCUGUCAUCAAGACCAUUGGCUCUUUUGCCAGCACCCUGCCCACUUAUCAGCGCUCUGAAGUGAUCCUCUUCAUCAUGAGCAAGGUCCCGCUGCCUUCCCUACAUCACCCCAUAGAGACUGGAAGGACAGGGGAGAAUCGGAACCGGCUGACUCAGAUUAUGCUGCUGAAGUCCCUCCUGCAGGUCUCCACAGGCUUCCAAUGCAAUAACAUGAUGUCAGCCCUGCCUAGCAACUUCCUUGACCGCCUUCUCUCCACUGCCCUCAUGGAGGAUGCAGAAAUCCGUCUCUUCGUUCUAGAGAUUCUCAUCAGUUUCAUUGAUCGUCAUGGCAACCGCCACAAGUUCUCUACCAUCAGUACUCUCAGUGACAUCUCAGUCCUGAAGCUGAAAGUGGACAAAUGUUCCCGACAGGACACAGUCUUCAUGAAGAAGCACUCACAGCAGCUCUACAGGCACAUCUACCUGAGCUGUAAAGAGGACACGAACAUACAGAAGCACUAUGAGGCACUCUACGGCCUGCUGGCACUCAUCAGCAUCGAGCUGGCCAAUGAGGAGGUGGUAGUGGACCUCAUCCGCCUGGUGCUGGCUGUGCAGGACGUGGCCCAGGUCAACGAAGAGAAUUUGCCUACAUACAACCGCUGUGCCCUCUAUGCCCUGGGUGCAGCCUACCUGAACCUCAUCAGCCAGCUCACGACGGUGCCUGCCUUCUGCCAGCACAUCCACGAGGUGAUCGAGACCAGAAAGAAAGAGGCUCCAUACAUGCUCCCUGAGGAUGUGUUUGUAGAGAGACCCAGGCUGUCUCAGAAUCUAGAUAGCGUGGUCAUCGAUUUCCUCUUCCGCCAGAGCAAGAUCAGUGAAGUCCUGGGGGGCAGUGGCUACAAUUCAGACAGGCUCUGCCUGCCCUACAUCCCGCAGCUGACAGAUGAGGAUCGCUUGUCCAAGAGGAAGAGCAUUGGAGAGACCAUUUCUCUGCAGGUGGAGGUGGAAUCAAGGAAUAGUCCAGAAAAGGAAGAGCGAGUGCCUGCUGAGGAGAUCACCUAUGAGACCCUGAAGAAGGCCAUUGUGGACAGUGUAGCCGUGGAGGAGCAGGAACGAGAGCGGCGGCGACAGGUGGUGGAGAAAUUCCAGAAGGCACCCUUUGAGGAGAUUGCAGCCCACUGUGGGGCCCGGGCAUCACUGCUGCAGAGCAAACUCAACCAGAUCUUUGAGAUCACCAUCCGGCCCCCUCCAAGCCCAUCGGGAACCAUCACUGCAGCCUACGGCCAGCCACAGAACCACUCCAUCCCAGUCUACGAGAUGAAGUUCCCCGAUCUCUGUGUGUACUGAAUUCCAAGAGUGGUCCUCCCUGGAGGAGGGACAGGGUCCUCUCGAGGGCUCAUCCUCACGACUACCCCUACCACGUGGAAAUCCAGCUGCGAGCUCUGAGAAACUCAGUCCCCUUGGAUGAGAGAACUUCCCCUGCUCAAGGUGGAGCCUCCAGGCCUUCUCUGGAAAGAUGGGGCUCCCGCCUUCUCCUUGUCUUCCCUGAGGGAGAUCCCACCA